CUACAGGAGGUUUUCGGGGAGCGGGUCAGGUUCCUGCGUUUCAUCCAGGAUCGUGGUCGCAGAAGCGGCGCAGUCGACGCCUUUGUUCGUGAGCAGAAGCGAGCGGCAGCUAGCGGAAACGCUUCUCUCGUUACGUCAACCGGAGCAGGUGCGGCAGGCAAAAUGUGGACGCCGCAGUCGGUGUCGGAACAGUGGCAGGCUUUUUUACACAGUAGCCGAGACGCAAGCGGCACGAUCAUCUACAACAAGUCACACACGAAGAUGCAGCUCGAUGGAAGAGACGAGGAGCACGGCGUAAAGGCCGCGUCUCCAGCACGUCCUGGACCUGCAGUAGAGGGGGAGAACGCAGAGGGCAAGGUGCUUAAGGCAACAAAAACGAAUGAAGAGCCUCGACAGCCAAAUGCACGCGUCGAGAGAGAGCUAGCUUUACGGAAGGGUCGGCGUAUGCGCGAAUUGGAAUUAGCGGGAGAACAAGAGCAAGUGCGUUCGGAGAAGAAAACCGAAGACGUGAAGAAGGCGAAGGAGAAGGAGGGCCUCUAUAAGAAACUCGCCGAUGCGCUCGGUGAUCAAUACAAGAAGUUCAUGUCGAGUACCCUUAGCGAUUCCACUGGGAGCCAUAAGCACGACGAUAAUGAGCCAUCAAAGGAUGUAGAAACUACAAAACUCCCUGACGCAGGUUAUUGGCUAAAGCAGUUUGACGACCUGAAGAAUUCAGUUGCGGUUUACCUUGAUAAGAGAGCCGCGGUGGCUAGAACUGUAGGUGACAAGGCCAAAGCUGCAGCUGCUUCCAAGGAGGCUACGGAACUUCGAAAGCGCUACGUCAAUUCAGACGAGUCGUUUGAAAAGUUCCUGGCGCGUAUCUUCACUGCGACCCCAGAGGUUGCGCGACUCCGUUCGCUGCUGCAUGCGAACCUCUCUCGUGAGGACAUGCACGCAUUGAUGCGGAAAGACGCGGAAAGCGCCGCUGCUCCUACUCAAGCAGCAUCCACAAAUGAAGAAUCAGAAAGUGCUGUCAAAACUAACAUUGCUACUCCUGGUACUCA